CAACAAACAACCCUCUUGAGCUGCCUCUUCCACUCUUUUGAAAAUCAACAAACUUCCUCUUUUGUAACGCGUUUUUCUUCUUUGCUUGCUACCACGACGAAGACGAUGACGAUGAGGACGACGAUGACAACCGCUGCUAACGAUGGUGAUAAGGAAACGACGAUGAUGAUGGCUAGGUGGCAACGAAAACGAUUAUGACAACGACGAAUGAUAAACGACAACGAGAAUGACCAAACCACUCCUACAGCGUUAGGAAAGAGAGAAAAAAAAAAGAAAGAAACGCGUCAUCUUGUCUCUAUCUUUGCAAGUCUGCAAGCGAGAAGUCAGCCAAGCAAGAGGUAUCUGUAUUCGCGAGGCCAUUUACCAUCCCAUCCUACCUCCUACCUCCCACCUACCUAGUAUCCAUCCAUCCAUCCAUCGAGAAGCGCAAGAGAUAUUACGACCUACCUGCCAGUCAGUCAGUCAGUACAGUACAGUAAUGUAAGUUCUUGUUCAUCAACAUACAUAAUAACAACAUAAAACAUACAACAACAAGAAUACGCAAAACAACAAACAUCCAAACAUCCAAAAGCUAG